GGAGGCCCUUGAAAAAGCGGCUGCCAGAGCAGCCCGGGUAGCGGUCCUUGAUGCUGCUGGUCAAGAGCCUUCACCCAGUGAUCUUCGCGCCCGCUGUGCCAGGAAAGAUCAAAAAGCUGUGCAGAAAAAAAUGAAGAAAGCCGCAGGACCCAAAGGACCCAAAGGUCGAUGCAAAGCAAACGUGUGUUGGUACCCACUGAAGUUGACGAAGAAGAGAAACCCAAGGGUGCAAAACAGCUCAAGAGGGCAGCCCCGCUAGCACUAGAGGAUCAGAAAGUUGACAAAAAGGAAACCGCAAAGAAAGCUACUGCAGUGAAAGCAAAAGCUUCCAAGCCUGAGGUGUCAGGUGGUUCUUCCCAACAGGGCAACAGCACGACCAAACCAAUGGCACUUGAGAAUCAGCCCACACCAGGUCAGGCAAGUAAGUCAACUCUGCCCCCUGCAAAACUUGAGCGAUGCAAGUCUAAUGUGAGCAAUGAUGGCAAUGGUGUGGCAUCAGCCGUAGAUGCAUGCCUCAACCGACAAGACACAGCCAACUUGAACAAAACCGGAAAAGGCAUAGCCAAAGCAGCAGCAGCAGCAGCAGACCCAGACCCGUCUGAACCUGACUCAAGCAGCAGUGAAAAUGAAAGCGAGGAUGGAGAGAACCCACAAGACGAGCAGGACCUUGAAAAGGUUUUGAAGCAGAAAGAAAGUCGCGCCAGGUAUAUGAGGUUUUACCGCUCUCUGAGAAGCAAGAGAACUCCCCUCGAGGUCAGACGGGCAGGGGCUGCGGCGUACAGGCAGAGUGACCGUUUGCAAGUACUGCUCGAGCAGUGGCUUGCAUGCAGUGGCCAAUGGAAGGCUUCAGAAUUCUACUACCAAGCACGACAGAAAAAGCGCUCUAGAAGGCAUGGCUGUAGAAAGUGGUUGACACGUUCUGAAAUAGCUACAAAGUAUGGAAGCUUUGACACAGCUGAUAGUAUCAUCGCCCAGAAGAUGCGGGACCCGGAGAUCAGCAAAGACCAGAUAAGAUGCCAUCCCGACAUGCACGGGCAGGAGACCGAUGACACUCGCCAAUACCUGGUGUGGGAUCAGGAUGGUGAAGAAGAAACGACUGAUCUUGUCACCCAGGCUUUGUUCCAGGCAGCAGAUACUGAUGAAAAUGACAAGAAGCCAGGCGUUGGUCAGGCUAGAAAGAAACAGAGCAAGAAGAAGCAGGACAAGGCCAAGAAGAAGAGCCGCAAGAAUAAGAAGUCCAGCAAGAAGAGAAAGGAUUCCAGUGCCAAGCCGAAAAGAAAGGGGAAGAAGCAACCCAAGACCGAGAAGAACAAGAAGCUUGGACAGAACAAGAAGUCCAAGGACCCCAAGGAUCAAACCGAGGAGGACAAAGAGAAAGCAAGGAAGAAGCAAGAGGAGAUUGAACGUAAAGCAGAGGAGAAAAGAGUCACAGAUGCACACAAGAAGGAAUGUCGAAAGGGUGAACAGGCCAUCGACAAGCUGACCAUCGCGAUUCACAAAACCACCAGCCUGCAGGGUGGAAAGCUUUCCAGCAUGAGUCAGGCGGUGCAAGAUGCUAUCUUCCAGGAGAUGAAGCCCCAGGCAAAGGUCUUGAAAUCUACCAGGACCGAUCUUCAAUCACGAAUUGAUUCCUCGCAGGCAGGUGGUCUUGAUGAUCUGACUGAUGGCAUUGCUACGGCUCAGCGAGUCUUGAAGGAUUUCGGAACUUUCUUGAAGUCUUACAAUUUGAAAUGAUAGUGUCUGGCCGUGGGGAAUGGCAUGUGUGCCUUAGAACUCCACAAUCUGGGCCAUGGACGAGUUGCUGUCUGCACCAUUUCGCUCUCCUUUCCACGGGGAAUGGCAUGUCACAUCUUGUUUAAACUAAAAAGGACCCAUAGUAGAUAGCACACUUGUGU